CUCAUCCUCGUGCGCCACGGCGAGUCGACGUGGAACGCGAACUCGACCUUCACGGGCUGGGCCGACGUCGACCUGUCCGACCGCGGCGAGCGCGAGGUCGAGCACGCGGCGCGUCUGCUGCUGGAGGCCGGGUACGUCGUCGACGUCGCCUACACGUCGCGGCUCCGCCGCGCGAUCCGCAGCUGCUGGAUCCUCCUGCGCGGUCUGGGCAAGGUCUACAGCCCCGUCUUCAAGUCCUGGCGCCUCAACGAGCGCCACUACGGCGCGCUGACGGGCCUGUCGAAGCCGGGGUUGGCGCUGGAGCUCGGCGAGGCCGCGGUGCAGGCCUUCCGCCACGGCUUGGAGGAUCUCCCGCCGCCCAUGCCCGCCGACGGGUCCCACGCCUACGACGACCGCGGCGACCGCAAGUACGCGGACCUGGGCACCGUCCCCGCGACGGAGUCGCUGUCCGACACGAUGGCGCGCGCGCUGCCGCUCUGGGAUUCCAAGAUCAAGCCGGACCUGCUCGCGGGCCGCAACGUCAUGGUCGUCGCCCACGGGAACUCGCUGCGGGGCCUCGUGAAGCACAUCGACGGCAUCUCCGACGACGAGAUCACGUCCGUGUCGAUCCCCAACGGCAUCCCGCUGGUCUACAAGUUCGAG